AUUGAAUCAUGGGCUACUACGAUUGAACCAUGGGAUUGAUUGUCCUAUCUCCUUCUUUUAUUAUCCUGGGAAACAACCAGGAAGUGUGGUGCGAUUAACCCUAAAGAAGUAUAUAAUCCUUUUACCUGAGGAGGGAAAAUGGGGAUUAAAAUGUGUUUAAAGUAGGGCUCGUGGUUAUUGCGGAAGAUUUUGUUUACUACAUUGAAGUUAAAAGGAACGACAUAGAACUCUUUCUCUCAAGUUUUGUUUAGUGUAGUCAGUAGUUAACGUGCAAUGGGAUGCUGUGGCAGCAAAGAGGGAUCAAAACGAAAGUGGAAACCUUUAGAAGAUAGGAGUUGUACAGACAUUCCAUGGCUACUGAUAUUUGUUCUUUUCUGUGUUGGAAUGGGAUUAAUCUGUGGAUUUGCAGUCGCAACUGGAGCAGCAGCAAGGCUAGUGUCUGGUUAUGACAGUUAUGGAAACAUCUGUGGUCAGAAGAAUACACAAGUAGAAGGAAUAGAGUACAGUGGGCUCGAUCAGACGAAAAAUAAGUAUGUCUUCUUCUUAGAUCCAUGCAACCUUGACAUUGUUAAUAGAAGAAUCAAAUCAGUUGCUUUGUGUGUGUCAGAAUGCCCUAGUACAGAGUUAAAAACUUUAAAGGAAGUGCAGGAAUUUGGAAAAAACAACGGGUCAAAACUCUGCUCCUAUCAACUAGAGGUUUCUAAAUAUACCACUGACCCAGAGUCAUCCAAGUUAUGCCCCAAAAUUCCUGUGCCACCAAGCAAGUCAAUCCCACUGUUCCAUCGCUGCACCCCGGUUGACAUCUCUUGCUAUGCCAACUUUGCUGAGGCUUUGAUCACCUUCGUUAGUGACAACAGUGUUCUGCACAGGCUUAUCAGCGGAGUCAUGACGAGCAAAGAAAUAAUAAUAGGACUCUGCUUUUUAUCAUUAGUUCUGUCCAUGAUUCUAAUGGUCAUCAUUCGAUAUAUCUCUACAGUACUUGUUUGGAUAUUAACUGCUUUAGUGGUUCUUGGAUCAAUUGGAGCCACAGGUGUUCUUUGGUGGUUAUAUGUGGAUCACAGGAAGUCCUUGACUGACGAACUUCCAGCAGAUCAACUUAAACUAUCCGGAGAUAAUGUUCAGGCUCUCCUGGUUUAUGCAAUUGCUGCUACAGUUUUCACGGUGAUCCUGUUGCUGUUGAUGUUAAUAAUGCGCAAAAGAGUGGCUCUUACAAUUGCGCUGUUUCAUGUGGCCGGAAAAGUUUUUAUCCACCUUCCGCUGCUUGUCUUCCAGCCAUUUUGGACAUUUUUGGCUUUAAUAUUUUUCUGGAGUUACUGGGUUAUGGUUUUACUCUUCCUGGGAACUACAGGAGAUCCUGUUAAGAACGAACAAGGCUUUGUAGAAUUCAAAAUGUCUGGCCCUUUGCAGUACAUGUCUUGGUAUCAUUUUGUUGGUUUGAUCUGGAUAAGCGAGUUCAUUCUAGCUUGUCAGCAGAUGACUGUGGCUUGUGCGGUUGUAACAUAUUAUUUUACAAGGGAUAAAGCAAAUCUUACCCUUCCUAUACUCGCAUCUGUGUUUCGACUCCUUCGUUACCAUAUUGGUACAGUUGCUAAAGGCUCCUUCAUCAUCACAUUAGUGAAGAUUCCUCGAUUGAUACUCAUGUACAUUCACAGCCAGCUGAAGGGAAAAGAAAAUGCUUGUGCCCGUUGCAUUUUGAAGACUUGUAUCUGCUGCUUGUGGUGCCUAGAGAAGUGCCUAAAUUGUUUAAACCAGAAUGCAUAUGCAGCCACAGCUAUCAACAGUACACAUUUCUGUACCUCUGCCCGAGACGCAUUGGUAAUUCUGGUGGAGAAUGCAUUGAGAGUCGCUGCUAUCAAUACUGUUGGAGAUUUUGUACUGUUUCUAGGAAAGGUUUUAAUAGUGUGCACCACAGGCUUUGCAGGUGUAUUGGCUUUGAACUACCAGCGGGAUUAUACAGUCUGGGUGUUCCCUCUUAUUAUCGUGUGCCUCUUUGCUUUCCUGGUUGCCCACUGCUUCCUGUCCAUAUUUGAAAUGGUGGUGGAUGUUCUUUUCCUCUGUUUUGCUGUUGAUACAAAAUACAAUGAUGGGACUCCUGGAAAAGAGUACUACAUGGAUAAGGCUCUUAUGGAAUUUGUGGAAAAUAGCAAAAGAGCAAUGAAAGACAGAAGCCGAGGGGGCAGACCAGACUCCGCUGAUGGCAGAGAACUUAAGCCAAUGCUUUCCAAACAUCCAGGAUACAAUAUCACAAGUUAAGAAAGCAAGAUUUUAACAUGGAGAAGAGGCCUGUGAAGGACAGCGUUUAGAGAGGGGCUUCACACCAGAAAAUUACUCAGGAAGAGGAGCCGUACAAUAAGGGCGAACAAAACUACGAACUGCAAUGGAAUCACGCAAAUCACCUAGUGUAUUGAAAUACUGUGUUUUGGAUGUCCAAGACUGGUAAACAAUUGGGUACAAAGUCAUGCAAGCGUGGUUCGAAUCCCAUUCACACUGAGUUGCCCGUCUUCAGGCAAUGCUACACUGGCCUUUGCAUUAACUGGGUAGUGGAAGAAAACAGGUUAACUGCUGAGUCAACAAUGAGACUACACAUUUUCUAGCCAUUUUUCAAAUUGGAUAGAAAAAUGGGGGAAGAAUAUCAUAUUAUUAUUAUUAUUUAUUUCUUAGCAGACACCCUUACCCAGGGCAACUUCCAAAAAAUACAUAUCAAGAAUUACAGUACAAUUAAGAGCAAGAUACAAAAUACAAUGACUUCAGUCCUAAUAAGAGCAAAUACAAAACACAGUACGAUUUGAUAUCAGGGCAGUUCGGGAGCAGGUAACAGUGCUGAUAGUUACACCAGGGUUAGAUACGAGUGCAGGUGAAAUACAAAAUACUACAGAUUGGGUUAAGUGCAGGAUUAAAUACAGUAAAAUGCUCUUUGCUUUUCAUUAGCAUUACAUGGUUUCAUUUUCACAUGAUGUUGUCAAAGCUAGAAAUCAGGUCUGUAAUAGCAACAUUACUCUUCAUUCACAAACACAUACUGUAUAUGAAACAAGACCUCUGAUGAAUUUGAAUUGAACUGUAACUGCUCUUUACUGAGUUCUACUGUAAUAUAAUCCAUAUGUGUAACUGCUAAACUGUACAGUGCCAUCAGCAGUUAAAUCAUUGAUUGUGAUUGUAUGGCUCUACUUACAGUACAAGGAAGAACUGCUAUAAUGUGAUGGCAUUUGCUUAGCAGGUCAUGUUGACCUGUGUGUGUGUCAGAACAACACCACAUGGAAACAGCGGUUCAGAUUUCAGGCGGAUUACAGUAAUUCCAGUACAUAGUCCACCGGCUAUUCGUCUUUUUUAAUUUGUGUGAAAACGUGGCUCACGAAUGCCUCUUGCUAGCAUGGCAGGCCAUUAUUCCACAAUCAACACUUAAAUAGCUUGUCUAUAACAUUUCUAUUCAGUAUCACAAGAAUACAUUAUGCUGGGUACAAGGCUGUCUGGCUGAGGAAGGUGUUGGGAUGACAAUAUGAUGAUAGUUUUCAGUGGGGCAGCCCGAACUAGAAAGUGGAUCUGUUUCAUACAGAAGAAUAAAUAUAAUUACUUGAUGAACUUGCAGCCAGGGUAAACUGACAGAGUUAUGUGGAUUGAGAUUUAUUGCAAAACAGGACACUUUUAAAAACAUUUUAUAACAAUUUACAUCUUUAAAAAAUAAUUGAAAGUACUUUUUAGCCCCAUAGUCAGAUUUUGGAAACCAACAAUAAAUUACUCAAUAAUAAUAAUAAUAAUAAUAAUAAUAAUAUUAAUAUUUUUUUGAAAACGUGGGCCCUUAUAAUAUUGCGUUGGUCUUUCGACAUCACUCACUCAAACUGGCUACACUGAUUUUUGCCAACAACCACUUUUUCUGUUUGCAUGUCCAAAUGUUUUGCCAAGGGUGGACAAGGGUAACAUCCUUUCUGAUUACAAAAAAUGAUUGUAAUAAAAACACAAACAUUGUUUAUGCCAUUGGGUUCACUUGCUGGCCCGGUGUUAAUGCCACUUAUCACAACUGUACUCUUCAUGUGUGGUUAACUGAUAAGGAUAUGUCCUCUAAGUGGUCCAGGAGAUCAGGAGAUCUUGCCACUGUCAUUUAAAUGGUGCAGGAAGUCCUGACCGCUGCAAUCCUUAUCUCUUUUCAAAUAAACAAUGUGACAUGACAGUGUGUCUAUGUG